AUGGCUAAUCUACAUCCUGCUCUUACAGUUACCAACAUCAGUAAUUUCAUUCCUAUUGUGUUGGACCAUGAUGACGGGCAAUACACAUCAUGGGUGGAACUCUUCAAGAUCCACUGUCACGCCCAUGACGUAAUCAAUCACAUCAUUCCCGCUGAAGGAUCUUCAUCUAAAUCACCCGGUGAUAAAGAUAAAGAAAAGAUUAAUGACAAAGUUCCAUGGAAACUAUUAGAUUAUUUAGUUCUACAAUGGAUUUACAGUACAAUCUCUAAGGAUUUACUAAUCACCAUUCUCAAGCCAGACUAUACUACUGAACACGCAUGGAAAACCUUGCAGAACAUAUUCAUUGAUAGCAAGCCUUCAAGAGCCUUAUACUUGGAAAACCGGUUCUUUAAUGUCCGGUUAGAAUAUUUUCCCAAUGUUUUUGCCUACUGUCAAGAGUUAAAAACUCUCUCUAACCAACUCUCAAACGUUGAUGCACCUGUUUCCAAGGAUCGGUUGGUGCUACAAUUGAUUGCAGGUCUUGGUGAAAAAUAUGAAAACAUAGCAACACACUUGCAACAAACCUUUCCCCUACCUGAUUUUUAUACAGCAAGGUCCAAACUCAUUUUGGAAGAAACCCGAAAAGCUCACAUUGCAACCACAUCUUCCACAGCACUACUUGUUGCCACAAAAAAAGCUUCAGUAGCAGCUCAACAACCCAUCUCACAUAGCACAAGUAGUCACGAUCGAUCCACUUAUGAUCAGCAACAACACCACACGGGAGGCCAUGGACAAUAG